AUGUUCCUCAUUGUUGGUGACGAUCGACACCGGCUCAAGGAAGGCAUUACACUUAUUGGAUCGGAAGAAAACGAUCGGUACAGUGUUAUCCAUGUACAAGAUGGGGUUCAAUGGUGUACAAUCCAUUGAAAAUGGAGCCAACACCGCAGCAAUUUUAAAUCAAUAAGAGCUUUCUUAGUUGUCAUCAAUAACAGCAUAAUCAAUGCUCAAAAUAAAAGAUAAGGAUGAUUUGGAUGCUUCUGCUGGAUUUCUAUUAAAUCUCGACAAAUAUUUGAAAAGAUUCCAAGUGCAAAUGACAGUUUCUCUUUGUUUAUUUUCUCUUUAAAUCAUAAUGUUUAACAGCAGAUCGAAAGUUGAUAGUUUCAGUCGUUAUUUUAUACAAAGUGUAAGAUAGAAGGAUUGCCUAUAGGACCGUAAUAAUCGAAAGAAAGAGUAAAGAAAGAGGAACUGUCAUUUGCACUUAGGACCUUUUCCAGCGUUUUUCUUCCAAUUUCAGAAUAAGUAUGCAUAAUGGUAAAAGUAACAUCAGUCGGUAUGUCCUAAACAUGCAGCCAUACGGUGUUCUCCAACGACACGCGACGCACACGUGAUGGAUCUGUGCUCACAUGCAGGCAUACUGUUAACAGAUGAUCGUGUUCGAGGCAAACGAAUACCACCCUUGGAAUGGCAUAAACUUUACGGUAUCAAAGCCAAAAUUUCCUUUGGUGCUGUCGUAUGCCAGCUGGAGAUAUGCAAUGGAGAUCGAAAGUCCAAUGUCAGCUCAGUUUCCUUUUUCGACGGGUCUAUCGAUUCAAUCGAUUGCAGUCUAGAGGAAGCUCCCAAAGCACGAUCGCGACAUGCUACAAGCAAACAAAUUAGCAGUAUCAGUACAGUUGGUACAAGUGGAACCAGUGCCAUACAGGAACAUAGCAUAUCGACAUCAGCCAAAAUCUUAUCCAUCACCCAGAACAGCUUUACUGUUCCUUCGACGCAACAGAUUGCCGAUCAAACCAGUGUCACGUGUAAACCUCAGCCAACUCGAGAAGAUGGAAACAGUUUAAGGCCGUCUAGUGCAGACGAAGACGACGAUCUGUUCGACAUACCGGAAACGCAAGAAGUGAUUGACCAACCGAAUAUGUCGGAAAUCAUCGACCCAAUCAGUAAUACUAUCGGCCAGGGGGAAAAGGAGGGCGAUUUUUUCCAAUUCGAUACAGAGGAAGAUAACCAUACUGGUGAUGGCAUGUUCAACAAUCCGUACGUUGAACAGUCUCAAAGUGUACUGGAACAUUUGGGCGAGUCGAAUAAAGUAAACACAAGUGGACAUCGUAAAUCUAUUCAACCAGAUCGCUCCGUCGAUUCAAUAUCGUUCCGUGGAAAAACGGGUCCGGAGGAUACCGAUGAUGAUCUGAGUAAAAUCGAAUGGAACGACUCGAAAGCUACCAGUUCCGAUAAAGUUGGUGAAGCAGAUCUGCGGAAAGGAUCCGUCACUCCUGAUUUAGUGUUCGACAAACCGGAAUCGGUUCACGCAGAAUCUGUAACACCUGAUCUUGAAUUUGAUCGAAUAACUCCUCAACAGUCUGAUCCAACCACAACUAGCAAGCUUUCGCUUCGAAAGCACUCAGUGGAAAGCCUUCAGGAACCUGUUUCGGACAUGAACAAUGAACGUGUCGAAUCUGUUACACCCGAUCUUAAUUUUGAUGAGAAUGUCCCAGAAGAAAUCGCUUGUGCUGAUCCUUAUCUAGCCGAAACACAGUGCUUAGAUGCUGAGCUUGAUCCGAAUGAACAUGCAUCAACCAGUGUCUACGAUCUAACUACACAGAUAGAUCCUUUAAUAAGUGGUGCAGAUUCACCUGCAUUUAAAGUUCCUUCCGCUUACGAUGCGCUCACUCAGAAAAUUCCGGAUAAAGAACUCAAAUCUGCUUGUUCUUUACGCAAACUGGCCAUUCAAAUGUCUGACUUGAGACAUACGAAAAACGACAUUUCUAUUCGAACCAAUAAAGAAAUUGAGCUAGAUCCGUUCAUGGUCGCUACUCAGCCUCUAUCCGUAGAUGACCUACAGAAUGCAUACGAUCUUCAAACACAACCGCUAUCGAAACAUUCAGAAAUCGGACCUGUAGUCGAUGAAGAUAUCGAGAAUGACACGGUUCCACUGGAAUUACUGGGCACAUCACCAUUACGUCACGAAGAUAUUUACAAUUUGCAAACGCAACCGCUGACUGCCAAAUGUUCCUACGGCAGUUUGCCCGACGAGGAUCCGGAAAUGAGUAAACUUUUCCGACCACCUGCCAACAGUACCUGUCGACAAUCUAUGCUAGUGAAGCAAAUUGAAGCACAGGAACAAGAAGAAGAGAUUGUGAAGACUGAUCUGCUGAAUAUUUCUCCAUCUUCCAACAAGGAAAAUCAGGAUGAAAUAAGCCAGCAGCGUACAAUUAAGGCGAAUGAAGCCAGAAGAAAAAUGUCAGUCUCAACACGAAGCAAUGAAGAAACCGUUGAUCUUAGUCCAUCGGAUGAAGAGUACUGUUUGGCAGAAACUAUGCCCAUUGCAGAUUCUGGUAAAACGAGUACGGAAACGAAUCCUCCUAUCAAGAAGCAGUCGCACAACAAAAGUAAAACCACCUCCGAGAAGUCCGAAUCUGCCUUCAAAGUACCUGAUAACCGUAGUAUAACUUCCAGUACUAAAAGUUCCAAUACCAGUGCACCAGAAACUCCUCGAACACAGGAGGGCUCUGGUUCUGAGGCGUUCGAUUUCAAUACUCCGGAACAUCCGUUCUUGAAUGUGGUAAAAAAGGAGAAAAUUCUGGCCGUCUCGGAUAUGUUAAAAAACCGUACAACGGAAAGAGUCGAUAAUGUAGCGCGCAGGUACAAGUACAUUUUUGGCGAUAGUUCAGACGAAGAUCAUGAACCAAAUGAACCGGUGUUCAAGAAAAAAGACAGCAAGGUACAAGUAAUGAAAUACGAUAAAACGGAACAAGACAAAACAAAUGAUAUCAAGAAAAAGACCGUACCGGAAAGACGCUCGAAGCGAGACAAAAAGAAAACCAAUCGAUAUUCGGAUGAUGAACAGGAGGACAGUAAAAGUGUUGCUUCGUCAAAAUCUAAGUCAAGCAGUGGAGGAAGCACUCGCAGUACCGCCACUACUAGUAGUAGUAGUACUUCGAGGUCGAAAGUAGACGUAUCAGUCGACUACAAGCCAACAACCAAAGACGAACAGUCAAGUAAAACCAGAAAAAGAAAAGUGGCUACUGAACAUUGCACAAGUGAUACCGCACCAUCGGAUACCACGGCUCCUAAAGCAAGUAAAUCAAAAAAGAACAAUGUUGAGCCAAAUGAACCAAAGGCCGGUCCCUCAACAUCAGCAGAACAGCCAACCGUAACGAAACGCUCGGGUCGACUUCGCCGAGCUGUAACAGAAGAAAUCAAAGAGCACAAAUCAUCCAAAGCAGCUAAUCAAGCUGUGCCUACCGUAGAAAUGAGUAAAAGCACGAAACCCGAACGUUCUGGGCGCGGACCAUCCAAACAAACGGCAACGACAGCCCACGGUAAGCUUCCUACUGAUGCAGAUAACGAUCAAUCGACAUCGAGCGCAUCGGAAGCAAUGAACACCAGUGCCUCCGGUUCCGAGUCAUCCGGAACUCGCAAGUCAUCUCGGUCCAUCAAGCCGCGACUUAUGUUCACCAAGAUGAGUCCAGAACCGUACAAGCGGAUGGUAACACGAGCAGGGGGUCUAAUAGUGGACAUGCCAGAGUUGGCAUCCAUUCUCGUAUCGGAUCGAGUUUACCGGACGUACAAAUUUCUUUGUGCCAUUGCCAAGGGCAUUCCGAUCGUCGGACAGAAGUAUCUAGAACAGGUAGAGAUAAGUGGUGAUUUCGUUGAUCCGUGGAAUUACAUACUGGAAGACCGUGAGAUGGAGCGACGGUUCAAAUUUAAUUUGAAGAAAUCCUUAACGAUGGCUCUGACCGGGAGAAUUUUCCAAGAUUACUCAGUGAUUGUUACGACCAGUACUAAGCCACCCCCGGAAGAAAUACAGUUGAUCGUGGCCAGUGCAGGUGGACGAGUUAUAAAAUUUCCCACUCAGCAGCCGAAAUAUGCAGACAACAUGUUCGUCGUUUCGGACCAAAAAGAUAAGGAUACGUGGCCUAAGCUGCGAGAACGAUUUCCAGAGAUCGAAAUCAUAAGCACCGAGGGUUUUAUGCUGUCAAUUAUGCAACAUUACAAAAACUUCCGCAGCUAUCGACUAGUAUGACAUUUUUAUGAGUAGCCUCAAGGAAAGCGCUUCAUUACAUUGUCCAAGUAUGACCAUCACAAAACUAGAUAAUGGUUGUAGGAUUGGAGUACGCUACGAUCCGUGUUCACCGUCGCAGUGUAGGUUUACGCUUUUUUUUGUUUGGCGUAUGCUACCUUUGUUCGAAAUGUAAUCAGUUUGGCAGUUUUAGUUGAUAACGAUUGAAAUAAAAUAACUUUUAUUUAAAA